AGUAAAAGAAUGUGGCGUGAUCCGAACGUAGUGGGGGUCGCCUUCCAGAAAAAACGAAAAAAAUCGAAAGGCGUUCAGAACUUUUCGAGAAGUCGAACCGUCAACACAUGUGAAUGUACCACACCGGACAAUCAAGAAGGCAGGUGCCUUGACUACAGAAAAUGUAAACCUCUGCAAGAAAUAUGGCAGAUACAGUACCGUACAGCCACCGAUUUUUAUAGACGAUCAGUGUGCAGAUACCAGGUCAAUGUUACGAUCGUUUGCUGUCCGAACGAUCCAAACAAAGAGAAGAGAGAAAUUUUAAUAAAAACUGUGUAUAAGUAUAAGGCUUUGCGACCACCAUACUGUGGUUUUAGCAACGUCUCUCAUACCAGGGUGGUCGAUGGUAAACCAGCUGAACUUGGAAGAGUAUCUUUUUGCUUGAAAUAAAAAAUUGAUAUAGGAGUAAUAAUAUGGAUAGAGAUCAAAAACUGUUAGGGCAGAAAUUACACGUUUGAACUUUAUAGUUCAGUAUAGUUCA